CAAACAUAUCAUCAUCUUAUAAACUGCUUCAAUCUCCAUCAGCUUCAUCUUCAUCUUCAUCUCUCUAGAAGCUUCCUAUUUAAUUAUACAUAAUAUAUAUAAAAUUAUAUGGAGCAGUUUCCAGAAGAUUAUCCAAACAGUUAUUCAGAAAUGGAUAUGUACCGGUAUUUAAGUGGCGUAGGAGGAGUAAACGACGUCGUUAAUUGGCCAAUGAAGUUUAAUAGCAAUAAUAAUUAUAGUAGUAGUGGAAGUUGUAGUGCGUCGUUUUAUCAAGGUUUUAUGAAUGAAACGACUGAAGCUAAAGCUUUAGCUGCUUCAAGGAUUCAUCAUAAAGAAGCUGAGAAAAGAAGGAGAGAAAGGAUUAAUUCUCAUCUUGAUCGUCUUCGUUCUAUUCUUCCUUGCACUUCUAAGACGGACAAAGCAACGCUCCUUUCCAAGGUAGUGCAGCGAGUAAUGGAAUUAAAACGACAAACAUCGGAGCUUCAUCAACAUGAGAACUUAAUGAUUCCUUCCGAAAACGACGAGUUUGCUGUUUACAUUCAUAAUAGUAAUAAUAAUGAAUGUGAUAAUAAUAAUAAGAAUAAUAAUGAAAAUAAUUUAUUAAAAGCUUCAUUAUGUUGCGAAGAUAGGCCGGACCUAUUUAGCGAUAUAAAUGGGGUAUUAAAUUCCUUAAAUUUAAAAACCGUUAGGGCUGAGAUAUCGUCUCUUGGAGGCCGAAUUCAAAGUGUUUUUAUGGUUAGCUCUGAUAAUGGAUCAUGUAAUGACCAAUGUGCCCUUUUUUUGAGGGAUGCUUUGAAGGGUAUUGUUAACCGAUCAGGUUCUGAAGAACGAUUGAAAAGACGACGUAGGGUAUUUGAUGCUGCCCAUUCUUAAACUAACUAACUCUCCAACUCUGCUGCCUCCUUAUUUUUUAAAGGAAAAUAGUAUUCGGACUCUUAUUAUUAUUAUUAUUAUUAUUUCUCUGAUAGUCGGUCAUUAGCUAACAAGGGAUAUUGCUUGGUUGUUGGCUAAGAGUAGACUAAGCUAGUUUAUGUUACUUGUUUUAUAGUUAUGUAUAUUUUGGAAUUUGGUUCAAAUUUUAUAUGCUUUUUUGUUGUUUGGUUUUUAUGGGUAUAACUUAUAAUAUGGUGAAUGGAGGAUAUUGUUAAAUUCUUCAACUUUGAAGGCAA